AUGCACAUUUACAACGAGUACAGUCGAUUGCACACGAUGAUCUACAUUUUUGCCGGCUUCGAACCAACAAUAUUUACAGAGAAAUCAGUCGGACUGAAGUAAGUAAUUUAACUAUAAAUGCUUUAAAAACCGUAUUUUACCUUUCAAAAUGAAAAUUUUAAAAUUUUGAAUUUUCAGAUAUUCAUGAAGAUAUCAAUGACAUAAAGAAUGGCAUAUUUUAGAUCCGUUUUCUAUGCUAACACGCCAUUCUUUUUGCAUCAAAAUCAACUUUUUCUCAAUUUUUGUUUUUUCUAAAAUACGGCUCACUUAAAAACUGCAUUUUAGGUAAAAAUAGACAGAGUACAGCGUGACAAAAGAGCAUCUAAACAUAACACAUGUUGCGGAUGUGGUACCAGCCCACCUGGCCCACCAGGACCGCCUGGAGCCAAAGGACAUCCCGGUGAUGAUGGUCCCCCUGGUAGGCCUGGAGCUAAUGGAGUUGAUGCACCUGAAGAUGACGCUUUCCCUACGCCGCCUCAGGUAUUUUUACAUUUUUGGGUUUGAAAUUUGGAUUUAAUUUAAAAUUUGAUUUUUAGGACCUUUUCACAAAAAAUUUUAAACUUCAAAAACUUUAAAAAAAAUCAAAUUUGAUUGAAACAAAAAAUGCCAUUUCAGAACUGGUGCUUUGACUGCAAUCCCGGCCCGCCGGGAAAAACGCGGCCGAAUGGGACCAAAAGGCCCACCAGGAACAGAAGGUCCCGAUGGCCCAGACGGAAAGCCAGGAACAGCCGGACCACGUGGUCGUCGCGGCCUAAAAGGUCCCAAAGGUGCUCCAGGCGCACCAGGACCAGUGGGAAGCAAAGGACGGCCUGGUACACUUCACGAGAUCGCGGGACCAGCUGCACCACCUGGACCACCCGGAAAACCUGGAAAACCGGGACCAUUAGGACUAAUUGGAGCACCUGGUCGACCGGGUGAAGAUGGAGAUCCGGGCGAAGCUGGCAGUCCUGGCACACCUGGCCCAGCUGGAAAACCUGGAGUUCAUGGACCACGAGGACUAGAUGGACCACCUGGCGAGGCUGGAGGCUGUGAACAUUGCCCACCACCGCGAACUGCUCCCGGCUAUUAA